GUAGGUGGGAUCACUAUAUUCUUCAGAUCAUUUUCCGUUCAUUUCUGGGCCAGCAUCGCCGCCAUAAACACUUGCUCUCCCUUUUGUUCCUCAUCAGUCAGCUAGAAGCAGAAGUGACACCCAUGGAGACUGUAGCUCCCUCUUCGUUGUAUCCAAGCAUUGAUGCCUGCAGGCCGGUGCCACUAGGGACUUCCCCUGGCAACGUGGUGGUGGUUGUCCCUUCCAACAAUGCUAAUGCUGAGGAGGAAAAGAGGAAAUACCCACGCAAGAACGAAGCCCUGGGGUGUGUGCAGAUUGUCAUCGCUAAGAUACAUUUUGGUCUUGGAGGCAUUUUGCUCUUUUCUGCAAAAGAAUUUUCCCCUAUAUUCAUGAACAUCUGGUAUCCCUUCUGGGGAGGUGGACUUUUCUUCAUUUCAGGAUACCUUGCAUCGCUAGCUGCAACAAAACCAAUCGAAGGUCUGGCAGCAGCCAGUCACAUAUUUAACACCUUCAGCGGACUUGGUGCAAUAGCUGGAACAAUCAUUUUGCUCAUUGAUUUGUUAAAAAUCUUUGCUAUAAACCUUUAUAAUGUUCCCGACCCUUACCUAAAGGCCGUUAGCUUUUUAUCCCAAAGUAUUUUUCCUUUAGGCUGUGAAGGAAUCUUUAAUAUGAACGACUACUGCAAGGUUAUCAAGGCAUAUGAAACUGGGAUUGUGUGUGUGAUGCUGUUCUUCACUCUCCUCCAAAUGGGGACUGCUUUUUCAACUCUACGCCCUGACAAGAACAAAAAGAAGAAAGACAAAUCACGCAGCGACAACGUAGAACAAAACGUUUCAUUGCUGUCCCUCCCACCACAGUAUUCAGCCAUGGAACAAACCAGAUACUCACAACUUCCUGGAGUCUUCCAUACAAGUACAUUCACAGAACAACCCUGUGAUGCUGCUACUUCUGAGACCUAUGUUGGAUAAUGUCUCAAUCGUUCCUGGGUGUGUGGAUGUGUUUGAUUGAAAGCUUGCAUUCUUUUUAUGUGUCUGUCUUUUAAAAUCUUUGUAUAACAGCUGGUUAUACACUGUGUGUGUGUGUGUAUUCCACCAGCUUGAUGACCCACGUGCAUGGCAAGACAUCACUGACAAGUUGAGAUGAUGACUGCUUUUACAUUCAGAAUAUUGCUAAUGAGAUUUCAGAGGAGACUGGUUUGCAGAAGAGAGUCUGGGUGAUUUCUUUCAGCGCACUCUUGUCUUCCUUUAGAAAUCUGGACUUCUUUGCCUUCUAUCCCUUCGAACAGCUAGUAGUUGUUUGAAUUGUUAUUGUAACAUGAGAACAGUGUUAAUUCGCCCCUCCCCUGCUUUCAAAUAUCCAUGUGUGACGCAAUAGAUGUGGAUGGUGCAAGAUCCUAAAAUGGAGUUUGAAAUCUCUGCAGCUGCCUCUUAAUGUGGCAUGGCAUAGCAUAGGUAGGUCAGUGGGUUGGGUUGCUUUAGUGCUGAGAUUUUUUAUAUAUAUAUGCUAGUGGAGGUGGCAUAGUGAGAUCAGGGCCACCCAUCUGUGUUCACAAACAUGGCAGCGGGGAGGGGGAGUUGGAACACAUCAUCCUCUCAGGGCUCUACAAACCUGAGUGCUCAUGAAUGGCAAUGAACAGGGCAGUUCCAUAGGAUUCAGAUCACAGAGUGUACUCCAUGCUUGGCUGUGAGUUGUUAUAACAAUAAUAAUAAACUACAUAUAUUUAUGA